AUGCUCUGUUGCGUAGGGUUGCUCCAUCCGGAUGGACACGGACUGUGGGCAACAAGUCUGUUUAUUUUGCCAUGAAUUUUAAUUUAGUUACCAUGAAUUUCUCGAAACAAAUCCGUUGGCCACGCAACGGAGUAAUAUAUAUUUUGUAAAACGUCAAAACUAACAGUCUUGUAAUCGAUUUAAGUCGUUAUCUUUCAGUAGGUUUAUUUUUAGUAUAUGUAGCUAACAUUAGAAGAUAAGAAGCUAGUCACGUCACAUCAGCAAUUCCACUAACCUCCAUUAAUCACAUUAAUGGCAUUAUUUAAUGUCAGCUAAGCACGCGGUUAGUGGCAUUUGACCUGCGUCGAAACGAAUAGCGGGAUGUUUUGACUAUCACCACGAUGGUAAACACCCAAGACUGUGUUAUCUGUUGAAUUCUAAAAUGGCGUGUAGAGACAGGAAUCUCGAGCUCGUGUUGCAACGCAGGAAAGGUACGAUGUGGCAACACUGAUUUGCUUUCAGGAAGUGGAGUCAUGAAUGGCCCCAGAUUCUUUUUAGCAGUCUGUCACUCGUAGUCAACAUUUCUUCUUUCUCAUCUCAAAAUGCCUGGAAUGGUGGCUUUUGGUCGUCGGUGGGGGAUCGCCAGUGAUGAUCUUGUUUUCCCUGGAGCAUUCGAACUGUUCAUCCGCCUACUUUGGUGGAUUGGCACCAUCGUCCUGUACACUAAUCACAAGGGCCAUUUUGAUUGUAACGGGAAAGGUGUUCUUCACAUCUACCUGAUUGGACUGCUAGUGGUGCUGGCACUUAUCAUUCUUUCACUAUGUGCCAUUGUAUACGUCAGUGCUCAAGGUACCAUAACAAACCCUGGGUCACGACGCUCCAUGCCUACCCUGGUGUACCUGCGAGCUCUCCUGUACCUCCCCGAGCUGGUGUGGGCCAGUCUGGGGGCCGUGUGGGUGUCUGAUGGCGGCAACGGUUGUGACCCUGCGACCGUGGGUGCUGUCAUCGCAGCGGUAGUUGCCAGUUGGAUCAUCCUGCUCUUCACAGCUCUGGGCGUAAUAUUCGUCUUUGACCCAUUGGGAAACCCUCGGCCUUCAGCUGCUGCCACGGAGCCACUGGGCGUGCGACAUCUAGAGAGCGGCGGGGGAACUCAGUUCCUUUCCACAGCGCGCUCGCUCGCCGUCAAAGUGUGGGAGAGCAGGCUUCGACUGAUGUGCUGUUGCCUGCCGCAGGACGAAAGCAACAGAGCGGCUUUCUCCAGCAUCUCGCAGCUCGUCAGCGGAUUCUUCUCUGACACAGACUUGGUUCCCAGUGACAUUGCUGCCGGUUUGGCUUUGCUGCAUCAGGAACAGGACAAGAUGGAGAGAAGCAGAGACCCAGAUGUCACCAUAGAUCACAGUCCAUCCUCUCCCAUUGAAGAAGAUCUGGAGUCAGAGUUGGAGAGAGCGGUCCACUGUAUGCACUUUGCUGCUGCGGCCUAUGGCUGGCCUUUAUACAUUUACUCCAACCUUCUCACUGGGCCCUGCAAACUUAGCGGAGACUGCUGUAGCAGUCGUGAUGCUGAGUAUGACAUUGUUGGGGGAGACCACCUCGGCUGUCAUUUUUCUUCCAUCCUGCAAAGCACCGGAUUGCAGUACAGAGACUUCAUUCAUGUCAGCUUCCACAAUCAGAUAUACGAGAUCCCCUUCUUUGUGGCUCUGGAUCACAAGCGGGAGUCCAUUCUUGUGGCUGUGAGAGGAACACUGUCAUUGAAGGAUGUCCUGACUGACCUUUCUGCUGAAUGUGAGAACCUGACCAUGGAUGGCGUGACCGGAGCCUGCUAUGCUCACAAGGGCAUCAGCCAGGCUGCGUCUUACAUUUACAGGAAGCUGGUCAACGAUGGAAUUCUCAACCAAGCUUUCUCCAUUGCGCCAGAGUACAAACUGGUCAUCACUGGUCACAGCCUGGGUGCUGGCGCAGCUGCAGUGCUGGCCAUCCUAUUGCGCAACUCCUUCCCUACCCUGAAGUGCUACGCCUUUUCUCCACCAGGGGGACUCCUGAGUAAGGCCUUAGCUGAUUACUCCAAGGACUUUGUGGUCUCUGUUGUGCUGGGAAAAGACCUGGUUCCACGAUUGAGUCUUCCCAAUAUGGAGGAUCUGAAACGAAAAAUACUCAAGAUAGUCUCAAAUUGCAAUAAACCCAAAUACCGCAUCCUACUGCGGGGAUGCUGGUACGAACUGUUUGGAGGCAACCCGGAUGACUUUCCCUCUGAAAUGGAGAACAGGAGGGAGGAGGAGCUUAGUCAGCCCCUGCUCGGCGAAGAAUCACUUUUGAUUCACCACUCGUCGUCCUAUCAAAGCCUGGCGUCGGACGACUCACCUGUGCACACUCUGCCGCACAUGCCUCUCUUUCUGCCCGGACGUGUUCUACAUAUCAUCGAAGAUGGGCCCACACGCAGAUCCUGUAUCUCGCAGGUCCGAUACCGUGCGGAGUGGUCGAAUGAAAUGGCAUUCAGGAGCAUCUUGAUCAGCCCGAGGAUGCUCGCGGAUCACAUGCCAGAUGUUGUGCUCCGAGCUCUCAAGAGCCUGACCAGCGACAAGCCCUACUCGCUCUGCCCGUCGUCCUCAGACCACAGCCAGCACAACGUUGUCUGAAUGUACUCCACAAGCAGGCCUGUCACAAUCGAAUCCCGUUCCAUUUGUAAACGAGGCCGUCUGUCUGUGUCCGAAAUCCUGUUCCUACGCCUAGAUUUUCUGCGGCACUGUUCUUAACAGAUGUAGUGCAACGCCACUGUAGUUGUAAUCAGAUAAGAAAAUGACUUUAAGAAAGGCACAUUGGGGUUCUUUUUUUAUAUUUGCACUUUUAAUCGUUUAAUUCUGAUCGUGCUUCAGUUCCACGUUUUUUGUGUUACUGUGCGAGUCUUAUCGGCGUGCUCUCUGAAUAUGCGUUAUGUACGAUAUUUGACAGCGUUGUAUCCAUCCUGUAUUGUGCGGUCUGUGCGGGUGACGUAUUGCUGCCGGCGACUGCCCCGGCCGAACGCCGAACGUGACCGCUUGUCUUCCUCGUUGGUUGGGAAUGAUCAAGGGCGACAGUAUAUUAGGGGUAACGUCAGUCUGAAAGUGUAAAUGUUGCAUCUUCUUUGUACAGUAAUUGUGAUGAGUGUUUUGCUGUUUUGAGACGUCAGGGUGAACAGUGCCUAUGCUUUCGGCAGAACAGGGCAGAAUUUCUCCAACUGAUGUUCAGUCAUACGUUGGCGCAAAUAGCAAGACUGAACAGUAUUGGAAUCUGUGCAGACUGACAUAACCGUUGACCUUUGUUCCCCCUACCAAAAAGACAGUACAGUAUUAAGGUUUGAAUCAUCUGAUGAAUUCACCUUCGAAAACAUAUCGCAUUGAACUCCAUGAUGCAAAUAAAAGCUUUUGCGGAAUGUACGCCACUGA